CAUCAAACAAGACCUUUCAAGAAGAAGAAAAACAUCACGAGCUUCUAAGGAACAAGCACAGACAAAACACGAGCUUUCGCCACUACCCUAUACUAGCAUCCUAGUCGAAUUCGCAAACACUACCCCCUAAAGAACUAGCUUCUCUAUCCUUAUUCUAUUUGCCGCUACGGUCCAAAAGUUUAAAGCUACCGACGAACCUACCCUCUUCACGAUGCCUGCACCAAACAAUCCGCCGCCACCACCAGCUCCGCAACCACCACGGCUCCCAACUCCUGAUAUCGGGGCUGCACCUCGGGGCAUGUUCGGGAGAAUGCACCGAUGA